ACGACUAAUUAUUCACCAUUUCAACUACAAUUUGAUCGAGAACCACAUUUACCUACUGAUGAACCUUCAUCAUCAUUUACUUUCAAUAAACCAAAUGAUUAUUAUGUACAAUUGAAAAAAAAUCUAUUGAUAAUACAACAACACGCACGUGAUAAUAUUAUUCGUCGACAACGAUAA